AUGAGAUUUAAUGAUUACGUGUCUCUAGGUAAAAUAUAUUUUCAGAGAAAAUAUCCACACCUAUCUAAACUAUUUCCAAAGCCUAAAUUGAAAUUAGAAUACUGGCCAAAAAGAAUCUAUGGGCCUUAUCCAGAACCGCCUAAUCAAAUAUCAGAAUCAGACACUAGGGUUACUUAUGUUGGCCAUCGCACUGUAUACAUUCAGACAUUAGGAACUACAAUCAUAACUGAUCCUGUCUUCACUAGAAGGCUCGGUUAUCAUGGACUGGGCUUAAAACGGGUUGUUGGACCGCCUUAUCUAUACCAACAGAUCCCUCAGGCAAAUUUCUUAUUAUUGACUAAUAACAGCUUCAACUGCCUAAAUCACACAUCAUUAGACAUAAUUUCAGCUCGAGGUGCUUCUAACAUUUUGGGAGGGAGGAAUGUGACGUUUUACAUACAGAAUGAUAUGAGAAACUACAUCUAUCCCAUGGAUUAUCAUGACAAACUCCAAUUUGGCGAAUUAUCAAUAACAUUCCUACCCUGUAUACACAAAUCUUAUAGAUCAACGCUGGGUAGUAUUGGUUCUUUGUUGUGGCACUGGCCGAUGCUUUGGGGCUCGUUCCUAAUAGAGGCUGGGACCAAACUUAUUUAUCUAUCCGGGGCUACUGGUUAUUCCAGUCAUUUCAAAGAACUAGCUAAUAUUAUAAAACCAAAACAGUUGGACAUGGCAAUAUUGCCCAUAGGCCCCCUAGAGCCUUGUAACAUAUACAACCAAUAUAAUUUAUCAGUUACUGACGCUGAAAAGGCGAGAGAAGAUUUACAAGCCAAAAAAACUUUGGCAAUUGGAUUUGAUACAUUUCCAUUAGGUAUGGAAGGUUAUGGCAAUGUAUUUAAUAAAUUAUCCAAGGAAUUCAUUGUGUUGGAUGCUGGAUGUCAUGUAAAUUUGUAA